AUGGACGCAGAGGACACACUCCCACCUGCAAACCCACCUGCAGUUCCAGUAGUAGCCCUAGCAACAGCCCUGGCAGCCAACCCAGCAGCACACCCAGCAGCCGACCCCACAGUGAACCCGGCAGUGAACCCCGCAGCAAACCCGGCAGCGCACCUGGCAGCGGACCCCACAGUGAACCCGGCAGCGGACCCCACAGUGAACCCGGCAGCGGACCCCACAGUGAACCCAGCAGCGGACCCCGCAGUGAACCCCGCAGCGCACCCGGCAGCGGACCCCGCAGUGAAUCCGGCAGCGGACCACACAGUGAACCAGGCAGCAGACCCCACAGUGAACCCGGCAGUGCGCCCCGCAGUGCACCCGGCAGCGGAAUCCACAGUGAACCAGGCAGCAGACCCCACAGUGAACCCGGCAGCAGACCCCACAGUGAACCCGGCAGUGAACCCCACAGUGAACCCCACAGCGCACCCGGCAGCGCAACCGGCAGCGGACCACGCAGUGAACCUGGCAGCGGACCCCGCAGCGGACCAGGCAGCAAACCCUGCAGUGAACCAAGCAGCGGCCCCAGUGAACCCGGCAGUGAACCUCGCAGCGGACCCGGCAGCGGACCCCGCAGUGAACCCGGCAGCAGUCCCCACAGUGAACCUGACAGUGGACCCCACAGUGAACCCCGCAGCGGACCCCGCAGUGAACCCGGCAGUGAACCCAGCAGCGUACCCAGCAGCGGACCUAGCAGUGAACCCGGCAGCUGACUCCACAGUUGGCCCAGCAGCGGACCCCACAGUGAACCCGGCAGCGGACCCCACAGUGAACCCAGCAGUGGACCCCGCAGUGAACCAGGCAGUGCACCCGGCAGCGGACCCCCCAGUGAACCCGGCAGCCGACCCCACAGUGAACCCGGCAGCGGACCCCACAGAGAUACUGGCAGUGCAACCGGCAGCGAACCCCACAGUGAACCCCACAGUGAACCCCGCAGCGCACCCGGCAGCGGAACACGCAGUGAACCCGGCAGUGGACCCGGCAGCGAACCCCGCAUUGAAACCGGCAGCGGACCCCAGUGAACCCAGCAGCAGACCCUGCAGUGAACCCGGCAGCAGACCCGACAGGAUACCGGCAUUGCACCCGGCAGCGGACCCCACAGUGAACCCGGCAGUGAACCCCACAGUGAACCCAGCAGCGCACCCGGCAGCGGACUACGCAGUGAACCUGGCAGCAAACCCCGCAGUGAACCCGGCAGCGGGCCCCACAGUGAACCCGGCAGCGGACCCCACAGUGAACCCGACAGCAGAGCCGGCAGUGAACCCGGCAGUGGACCCCGCAGUGAACCCAGCAGCGCACCCGGCAGCAGACCCCACAGUGAACCCGGCAGCGGACCCCGCAGUGAACCCGGCAGCGGACCCCACAGUGAUACCGGCAGUGCACCCGGCAGCGGACCCCACAGUGAACCCCGCAGCGCACCCAGCAGCGGACCACGCAGUAAACCAGGCAGCGGACCCGGCAGCAAACCCCGCAGUGAACCCGGCAGCGGACCCGGCAGUUAACCCGGCAGAUGACCCGGCAGCAACGGACCCCACAGUGAACCCAGCAGCGCACCCGGCAGCGGACCACGCUGUGAACCUGGCAGCGAACCCCGCAGUGGGCCCCACAGUGAACCCGGCAGCGGACCCCACAGUGAACCCGACAGCAGAGCCGGCAGUGAACCCGGCAGUAGACCCCGCAGUGAACCCAGCAGCGCACCCGGCAGCAGACCCCACAGUGAACCCGGCAGCGGACCCCGCAGUGAACCCGGCAGCGGACCCCACAGUGAACCCGACAGUGGACCCCACAGUGAACCCGGCAGCGGACCCCGCAGUGAGCCCGGCAGUGAACCCAGCAGCGCACUCGGCAGCGGACCUAGCAGUGAACCCGGCAGCAGACUCCACAGUUGGCCCGGCAGCGGACCCCACAGUGAACCCGGCAGCGGACCCCACAGUGAACCCAGCAGUGGACCCGGCAGUAAACCAGGCAGUGCACCCGGCAGCGGACCCCGCAGUGAACCCGGCAGCGGACCCCACAGUGAACCCGGCAGCCGACCCCACAGUGAACCCGGCAGCGGACCCCACAGGGAUACCGGCAGUGCACCCGGCAGCGGACCCCACAGUGAACCCCGCAGCGCACCCGGCAGCGGACCACGCAGUGAACCAGGCAGCGGACCCGGCAGCGAACCCCGCAGUGAACCCGGCAGCGGACCCGGCAGUUAACCCGGCAGAUGACCGGCAGCAGAGCGCCUACGCGGACCCCACAGUGAUCCCGGCAGCGGACCCCACAGUGAACCCAGCAGUUGACCCGGCAGUAAACCAGGCAGUGCACCCGGCAGCGGACCCCGCAGUGAACCCGGCAGCGGACCCCACAGUGAACCCGGCAGCCGACCCCACAGUGAACCCGGCAGCGGACCCCACAGUGAUACCGGCAGUGCACCCGGCAGCGGACCCCACAGUGAACCCCGCAGAGCACCCGGCAGCGGACCACGCAGUGAACCAGGCAGCGGACCCGGCAGCGAACCCCGCAGUGAACUCGGCAGCGGACCCGUCAGUGAACCCGGCAGAUGACCUGGCAGCAGAGCGCUCACGGUAA